AUGAAUUGCCUUGUCUGGAAUUGCAGGGGUGCAGCUAAGAAAUCCUUUAAAAUGACCCUGUGUAAUCUCACUAAGAAGUACAAGGUUGGUUUGGCAGCAGUUUUAGAGCCCAUAAUCAGUGGGUUCUCAGCUGCUAGGAAAAUUAAACAACUGGGAUUCAAAAACUACCUGAUUGAGGAUGCAGUGGGAUUCAUGGGUGGUAUUUGGAUCUGUUGGAAUGAUGAUUCUUUUAAGAUUUCUCUCAUUGAAAAAAUUAACCAGUUCAUUCAUGUCCUCUGUACUUGUAGUAAUGGAGCCAGCUUUCUCCUUACUGUUGUUUAUGGCAGCCCUAGAGAGGAAGAGAGAAAUGCUCUCUGGUCGGACCUUAGAAGAAUCAGUGAGACUAUCUCUGUUCUUUGGGCAGUUGUGGGGGAUUUCAAUGAGAUUCUGAGUGCUAAUGAGAAAAAAGGGGGUGCACCUAUCAAUGUAGCCAAAUGUGCAAAGUUUAUGGAGGUCCUUGAUGACUGCAAUAUCAUGGAUCUUGGCUGUCAUGGUGCUAAAUACACGUGGAGAGGAUCUAAAUGGUUACACCUGGAGAGAGUUUUUAAUAGACUAGAUAGGAUUUAUGCCAAUGCCUUAUGGACAAUUGCCUUCUCUGAGGCUACUGUUUAA